UGGGUUCUAGCAUACAGCCCUGCCCCGCAACGCGGCUGCAGUUUUCAAACCUCAACUGUAAUCUCCGGUCACCGUCUCUGCUGCCGUCGCCGGGAGCCACCUCACAGGGAAACAGGUCACUGCUGUUGGCCGUUGUCCAGAAGAGUAAAAGUGGGUCCUGCCACGCUCGGAGCUACCUGGCGCCUCACUGGGCUAGAGCUGGAGAACAAGUCCUGUGGUGGCCACCGGCGUGUGGCGGGACGGGAGCCCCCUUGGAGGGGGGCAGCCCCGAGUGAACCUCCUGUGGCCCGAGCGGUCAGUGUCUUCCGAUUCGCGCGACCGCGGUCCUGCCGCGACUGGUAAAAAUAAGUGACUAAAGAAGCAUAUCUGGGAGUCAUCUAACAUGUCGAGGAGAAGAUUUGAUUGUCGCAGUAUUUCAGGGUUGUUAACUACAACUCCUCAAACUCCAAUGAGAAUGGAAAACUUUAAUAAUUUUUAUACACUUACAUCUAAAGAGCUGGGAAGAGGAAAGUUUGCUGUGGUUAGACAGUGUAUAUCAAAAUCUACUGGCCAAGAAUAUGCUGCGAAGUUUCUGAAAAAGAGAAGAAGAGGACAGGAUUGUCGAGCAGAGAUUCUACACGAGAUUGCCGUACUUGAAUUGGCAAAAUCUUGCCCUCAUGUGAUUAAUCUUCAUGAAGUCUAUGAAAAUACCAGUGAAAUCAUUUUGAUAUUGGAGUAUGCUGCAGGUGGAGAAAUUUUCAACUUGUGUUUACCUGAGCUGGCUGAAAUGGUUUCUGAAAAUGACAUUAUCAGACUCAUUAAACAAAUACUUGAAGGAGUAUGUUAUCUACAUCAGAAUAACAUUGUACAUCUUGAUUUAAAGCCACAGAAUAUAUUAUUAAGCAGCAUAUACCCUCUUGGAGAUAUAAAAAUUGUAGAUUUUGGAAUGUCUCGAAAAAUAGGGAAUGCAUGUGAACUUCGGGAAAUUAUGGGAACACCAGAAUACUUAGCUCCAGAAAUCCUGAACUAUGAUCCUAUUACUACAGCAACAGAUAUGUGGAAUAUUGGCAUAAUAGCAUAUAUGUUGUUAACUCAUACAUCUCCAUUUGUGGGAGAAGAUAAUCAAGAAACAUACCUCAAUAUUUCUCAAGUUAAUGUAGAUUAUUCAGAAGAAACAUUUUCAUCGGUUUCACAGCUGGCCACAGACUUUAUCCAGAGGCUUUUAGUAAAAAAUCCAGAGAAAAGACCCACAGCAGAAAUCUGCCUGUCUCAUUCUUGGCUACAGCAGUGGGACUUUGGAAACUUAUUUCACCCUGAAGAAUCUUCCACUUCCUCUCAAAGUCAGGAUCAUUCAUUAAGGUCCUCUGAAGACAAAACUUCUAAAUCCUCUUGUAAUGGAACCUGUAGUGAUCGAGAAGACAAAGAGAAUAUUCCAGAGGAUAGCAGCAUGGUUUCCAAAAGAUUUCGCUUUGAUAACUCAUUGCCCAAUCCCCAUGAACUUGUUUCAGAUUUGCUGUGUUAGCACUUUUCUCUUUGACUUACUGGACUGAAUUUGGAAUUUGAAAUCUACUCCAAUGUGAGAUCGUGGUUUGUAGCUUCAUUUAUGGCAUGUUUAUUUUGUAAAUGCACUUUUGCAUAGAAGUGUUUUAAUGCCAAAUUAUUAGUAACAAGCAUAAUUUCGUUUCCUGUUCUGAGAUACUAACUCUUCAGAGAAGAAAAUAUUUAAAUAUAUGACAAAAAUAAAGCUAUGCAUGUGAGUUUACAUGUUAAUUGAAGAAUUCAAGUUCAAAUGGAUUUACCAAAAUAUUUUACAGGUGAGGAAAACAUUGAUUCGGGUUUAUAUUAUGGUUGAUAUAAAACUGAAUAAAACGAAGACAUUUGAAUUCAAUAGGUUCUAUGAGGUAAGUUCUAUAUACGUGCCUCUACUGACAAAAUUUUAUUAGGAUAACAAUGUCAAGUUUAAGCAAGAAUAUUUACUAUUUUUAUAGAUGUGGGAUAUUUUAUAUUUGAAAAUAUUUCAAUCACAAAUAUUUUGAAACUGCCUAAGAUUUCCAGGAUAUAUGAUCUGCUACAUGAGACAAGUCCUUUAACCAGAGCAAAGAUGGAAAUUAGAAACCCAAUUAGGGAUAUUCUAUACAAGUUGGAGGAAAAAAAAAAAAAAAAGGCAGCAUGGUAUCAUUUUUUUUUUUUUUGACUCAAAUGUAUUGCCCUCUCUCAUCAUACUUCAGAUUUAAUAAGGACUGAAAGAUGGAGACUUAGAUUGUACACAAGUGUAGAGGAUUUUCAACUUCCAGAAUUUCUGAAGUAGAAGAGACUUAAGUAAGACUGCAUGUGCUCUAUUUUGGGUGGCCAAACAUAUUUAUUAAUUUGAGCGUAGAAGAAAAUGCUGACUUAUUUCAGCAACUUACAGAAUUUUAGAUGUUUUCUAAGUCUUAGGAUAUAAGCCAGUCAUUCAGAGUUCUAAAAGUAUACAUAAAAAAAUAUCACAGUACCAGUAAGACUGUUAACACAGUGCCAGAGUCCACAACAGCAAGGUGGAUGUGAUCAUAAAACCUGAUGACACUAUGCUCUUCUAAAGUUCUUAGGUAAAAUUCCAGUGAGUGAUGAGGCCCAGCAGAGGGCCAUCUGCAGGGUGGCCUUAUAAUGGUCUUUUGUUGGAACCAAUGCAAGAGUCUAAGGACAGAAGGGUGGCUGGUGACUGUUUAGUGAUAAUAAAGGAAAGUUUACUCCUUUUAUGGUUAUCUUUGAUGAUUUCGCAGCUGGUUACUAUCAAAAAUUCUGUUAUAUUAUCAUGUUAGGAUAAUUACCUCAUGAUCAUGUUACUAUAUCAAAUUAAAUUAUAUUUUGACAAAAAAAAUUCUUGAGUUUUCCCCCCUUGAAUUACAUAUUACUGUAAAGUCUAACUUUCUGAAAUUUGACAAGACUCCAAAUAACUUAAAACUGUUUUUAAUAGCCAUCAGUUCACUUUAUUUGACUAAAUGGUGAAUUCCUUUUAAAUCUUUAGCAUGCCUUAAAGAAAAAGUUAUUUCUACUUGUGUGUGUAUAUGUGUAUAUGUAUAGGUGUAUGUAUUUAUGUAUAGAUAGAUAAAAUAUAUAGUCUUUAGACAACUUUCUCUUAGAGAUUCUUUGCUGUACUAUAUUGUGUUCAACUCAGGUGCCAAAGGAGCUCUCUUCUUAUGGACAUGUAAAUAUACAUUUAAAUUCUUUAAGAAAUAGUUUGUUGGUUCAAUAAACUAUCCAUUGCAGAAGCUAAAUUGGGCUCUUGUAUAUCUAAAACUGAUGAGUUUUUUCUAAAUUGUAGAUUGUCUAGUUAUUUGCCUUCCAUAUUAAGCUAAUGCAGGUAAAAUAUAGCAAGCCAUUGGUGAAAGAGGAUUUUUACAAAAGAUCAUAUUUUAUUUUUAAAUUUCUAGAGGAAUUAUGCCAUAGUAAAAAUUAAAAAUAAAAAAAUGUUUGAACUUUAAAUUAUAAGCUGAUUCUUAAAAAAUAUUUUAUGCCAGCUUUCUUUUAAUAUGAAGAAUCUUAAAAUAGUUCAUCUGCUGCCCCUUAGUUACUAGAAUACACAGAGUUGUAAAUUUCCAUACCUUUUUUCCUAGCAAUUUUUAUUAUAAAAAUGCAACAAGGAGUUGCACAAACAGCAUACAAAUCCAGUUUUUUUCAUAAAGGUUAAUUUAAAUAUUUUCACUGUUUGAAAUGUGAAAAUAAAUUAAACCAGUAUUUAGGGAGAACUUGUUGACAAAUGACUCAAUUCUUAUUCUUUUUCUCCCAAGGUUGAAAACAAAUAUCAAAAGUAGAUGAUGUAUCUCAUUAAAGCAGGAAUCUUAGCCCCUCUGAGGUGACCAGAUGUCAGUAAUGCUUAAACACAUCUGAAAAUUAAUGUUAAAUUGUGGUGUGUUUAUAAAGUUUAAUAACUUUGCUUUUUGGACAGAUAGGAUUAAAAAAUAAAGUACAGAUGACAGUUACAAUUGUCAUUUUAAUUUUUUCCCCACGGUCAAAUUAACUCUGAGCAGUAAAUUUAUAGGGGCACUUUAAAGAAGUAAGCAGUAUGUGUUCUACAGUCUGUAAUGAGAUUAGGCGCCUGUCCCAGAAGGUACAUCAAAACAUUGCUUCCUUUAAAGAAAGUCUUGUUAUAAAAGGUCAGCUGAUUAAUGAUAUAGUUCAUUUUUAUUCUGGCACAAGUUUUUUCUUUCAUUUGGGAUGGGUUGCUAAUAGCUCAUGGACCAGACUUUGAAUAGCUUUGCUCUAAACAACAUUUGUAAAUUGAUAUCUUAUAACUGUUUACAUUUCUUCUGUCUAUUUUUGAAUUUAGAUUUUUAUAUCCGUCUUGGAAACUUGUCUUUAUUUGUUGUUGUGUAAACAAUUGUUCUUUAAUUUCAAAUUGUAUUAAAAUUAAGUUAUCUGACUUCCAAUUUGGAGAAUUAUUAUCAAUUUAGAAUUUUAUAAGACUUUAAAGAAGUUCAAAUUCUAAUUGUAAAUUUCACACAAAUUACAACUGCCCAUCUUAACUUUCAUUAAAUAACUGUGUUGCUUAAGCAUAUGACUGACAUUAUUAUAAAUACUUCAGAAAAAAAGUAUAUAUAUAUACACAUAUAUAUAUAUAUAUAUAUAUAUAUAUAUAUAUAUAUAUAUCAACUUAAUGAUCCUUUUGGUUAAAAUUAAAAAGUGCUUUUUUACAUUGUGAUGGUCUUUUGCUUUAAAGUAUUUCUGAGUUUGUUAAGCAAACUUCCUUGCCUGGAGGUCCGAGCCUUGACACAUGUCAUUUUUGAACUCCUUUCCAGUACAUAUGUGUUUAUUAGAUCCUGUCUGUUAAAAAGCCACGUAAAUUUGAAAACAAGUCUAUUCUCUGGUAAUAACUAGAUACUUUCAGAAAAUGUUAGUAAGUGGCAGUGUACUACAUGUUGCAUAAGGAUGAAUAAGGGAUUUUUAUUUACCCAGAAAUGGGUGAACUGUUUCUGUUGUGUCUUUGUUUUUAGUUUAAAUAAAUUGACUUUUUAAAAAAGA